UUUUAACUUCAAAAGGAAAAAAGAAAAAAUAAAAAAUAUCUUCCCACCAAAAAUCUAAAACCCUAGAUAAAACCUUACCCACUGUGCCACUUUAGCCCCAAGACAAGAACACCAAACCUCAAAACCUUAAAAACACUUUGACAUCCAAAAAAAAACCCAACCCAAAAAAAUCUGUCUAAAGCAUCCAUUUUUCAGAGAUGAUCCCAAGUGGACUUUACAGCCUUCGUAGCAUCCGCUUGCCUCAGAAACCCUUUUUUCCUUCACUUCUUCGUAGUAGAAAAACCUUAGUUACAAACUCAAGUUGUGUUUCUUUCAACAACAAGAGAGAGAAGAAAGAGAAGGUGAUAGUAAUAUCAGGGCCAACUGGGGCAGGCAAAAGCAGGCUUGCUUUGGAACUUGCUAAGCGUCUUAAUGGUGAAAUCAUCAGUGCUGACUCCGUUCAGGUUUAUCGGGGUCUUGACGUUGGAUCCGCGAAGCCUUGUUCAAGUGAUAGAAAGGAAGUGCCACAUCAUCUGAUUGACAUUUUGCACCCAUCUGAAGACUAUUCUGUAGGACAAUUUUUUGAGGAUGCUAGGCAGGUGACAAGAGAUAUUCUUGAUAGUGGCCGUGUUCCCAUUGUUACUGGUGGGACUGGAUUAUACUUGCGAUGGUUUCUAUAUGGAAAGCCGGAUGUUCCAAAGGCCUCUCCAAAAAUUGCAGCUAAAGUAUAUUCUGAGCUUGUAGAUUUUGAGAGAGAUAGGAACUGGGAGGCUGCUGUGCAGUUGGUGGUCAAGGCAGGAGAUCCAAAGGCCCAGUAUUUGGCUGCCAAUGAUUGGUAUCGCUUACGGCGUAGCCUUGAGAUUAUCAGGUCUAGUGGAUCACCUCCAUCUGCUUUUCAUAUACCAUAUGAUUCUUUCAGACAUCAGUCUGACUCAAGUGAAACAAUUGACUCUUCUGACUUAAACCCUUCUGCUGAUGCACCUGAGCAAGAUAAGGUGAAGGAUUUGGAUUAUGAAUUCAUUUGUUUUUUCCUCUCAAGCCCCAGACUUGAUCUCUAUAGGUUGAUUGACCUGCGAUGUGAACAUAUGCUUUCAGAAACAGAUGGUAUUUUGUCUGAGGCUAGAUGGCUUCUGGAUAAGGGUCUUCUUCCAAAUUCAAACUCUGCAACUCGAGCAAUUGGUUACAGACAGGCAAUGGAAUACUUGUUGAGGUGUAGGGAGCAAGGAGGCAUGAGUUCUACCAGAGACUUCUAUUAUUUUUUAUCUGAAUUUCAAAAAGCAUCCAGGAAUUUUGCUAAAAGACAACUAACAUGGUUCCGUAAUGAGCAAAUUUAUCACUGGCUCAAUGCUUCUAGACCACUGGAUGAGGUGAUUAAUUUCAUUUACAAUGCAUACAAUGACAAAAGUGGAACUCUAGAUGUGCCUGAAUCACUUCAAAUGAAGAAAGAUGUGUCAAACAGGCGAGAAGCUUCUGGACUAAAGGCCUAUCGUGCUAAAAACAGGCAUUUUGUCCACCGUGAAGAUUGUUCAGAUAUUCUUGACUGGGUAAGGAGAACUCAAGGGUGAAUACAUAAACUUGUUCUUUCAGUUUGAUGUGACUCCAUUUUGGCCUUAAAGAACUGGACAUCAGACAUUCUUUUCAAUAACCUCCAAGUUGUUUGCCAAGGUGUGAUUCGGGGCUACUGCUCUCGAACAAUCUAUUGAAUCCUUCUCGGACUGUUAUCUCUACGACUUGCUGAUAUUUUCCUGCAGAAAGCCUUAUUCAUUCUGUCAACUAAUCAUUGUUUAAGAAGCCAUCAUCACAUUGGAAGCCAUACUGAUAAUCUACCUGGAAAGGAAGGAAUUGUUUAUGAGAGUUUAUGUAUUUCCAUGUAUUCACCUGAAUAUCGUGUUAGCGGAGACAGGCAGCCACAUUUCCUAGUUCAAUAGAUUAUCUAUCUCUGCCUUCUCCUUUUUGGCAAUUACAGGAACCAAUUGCUCGUAGUAAUAUCAGAUCAAGUACGUAAAGUUAUUGCUGGAAGAUGGUAGCCAAAAUUUUCUUAAUUUCAGCCCUAAAAACUGUUCUUUCAUUGUGUUUUCAGGUACCAUAAAAUUUCUGCUUGUCAUACUGGUAGCUGGUGAAUAUCAUGUCAUAAGGUUUUGCUGCAGUUUCUAUAUUAACGUCACUUCUCAAUGCAUUUUUUUUCCUUCUUUCUGAUGAGAUAAAGCCUGUUUUUUUUUUGCUAGUAUGAGAUAAAGCUCUUAAAUAGGGAUAGCAAACGGGUACAAAUAUGUUUGGUUUUGAUCUGACUUGAUUUUAUGGAGUUUUUUUUUUUUUUUUUUAAGUUGAGUCGGAUCAAUAUGUUGUAAGAGAAA